AUGCAGGGCUUCAACAUGGGCCGCUACGUGCCCCCCGACCUCGAAGGCACCGUCUCCGGCAACGCCCUCCACGCCAAGCUGCCGCCGGGCCGCUCCGCCGCCAAGCCCGGCGUCCAGACGGUCCGCUUCGAGAUGCCCUUCGCCAUCUGGUGCUCGACCUGCCCGAAGCCCACCAUCAUCGGCCAGGGCGUGCGCUUCAACGCCGAGAAGCGCCGCACCGGCGCCUACCACUCAACCCCGAUCUGGACCUUCCGUAUGCGCCACGCUGCCUGCGGCGGCACCAUCGAGAUGGCCACCGACCCCCGGAACACGGCCUACGUUGUCGUCGCCGGCGCCGCGAAGCGCGACACGGGGCCCGCCGCCCGUGACGGCGACCUCGUCGUCAUGACCGACGAGGAGAGGGCCGCCCUGCGCGCCAGCGCCUUUGCGAGCCUCGAGAAGACGAUCGAGGACCGCGCGGCCGUCGCCGCGGCGACGGACCGCAUCGACGACCUCGAGGACGUGGCGCGCCGCCAGUGGCAGGACCCCUAUGCGCGCAACCGGGCGCUGCGCCGCACGUUCCGCGUCGGCCGCCGGGAGAGGGAGCGCCAGGCGGGUGUGGACGACGGCGUGCGCGCGCGCAUCGGGUUCGACUUGGACCUGCUGCCCGCCACCGAGGCCGACGCGACGAGGGCUGCCCUCGUCGAGUUUGGGCACCACGACGAUGACGACGCGGGGGAGCGUGCCCGCAGGGCAUUGGCGAAGCCUCUGGUCGUCAAGCCUCGCGGAGACGGCGAGAAGGAGAAGAACAAACCAACAACGGGCGCCACCGGCGGCGGCACGGCGGCGGCGGCGACGCCAAAGAGCAAGCUGCUCGCUUCCCAGCGAAGAGCGGGCUUCGUGUCAGAGCUUGUCGGCAACACGCGCAUGGCCACCGAUCCCUUCCUGGUGGAUGCCAAGAUGCCGAGCUCAUCAACCAAGACCAAAGGCCUGCUUCCGGGGAUCAAGCGCAAGAGAGAGGCUGCGGAAGAAGCGGACGCAGAACACCCGACGCGCGAACCGACACAGCACGACACAACACCAUCACGGCAGGACACGGCACCACCAACGGGGUUGGUAGCCUAUGACUCGGAAUCGGAUUGA